AUGCUCAAGAAUGUCGUCUUUCGAUCUGGGCAUGACAGCCAGCUUCGCAACACCUUGAAGGGGUCAACCUUGCCUGCGGACAUCUUAUGCCAUGACCCUUUCAAGACAAUGAUGGAAACUAUCCAUGAAGAGAUUGAGAAGGUGAAGGCGGCAGAGGAAAAAGAAGCAAAUGAAGAUGAGUCAGAUGAAGAUUCUCCAGCCCAGAAGAAUGUCAUCGUGCAUGACCUGUUGCCCCGAAUGUCUUUGGAGCUGGACCAUGAAGAUGAGAAAGCGCAGCAGCUGAUGGCUUUCGCCAAGCAGGCUGAGGAGAUCGUAGAUCAAUUUGUCAAAUUGGUGGUCGAGCAAGACUCAGUGCAGGCAAUGGGCCAGAUCAUGGAAAACUGCGUGUCUCUCACCGGGGCCAAAAGGGCGAUCUUUGUCUAUGACUCCAAGGUUGCAGGAGAGGCGACGGCCCAGUGUCACAUUCGACGGCCUCAGUUUCGCCGUGAGCAUUUUCAGAAGAUUUGCUCCUCAUUCGUCCGAGGCAGAGGUGGACCACAGCCACGAGAGGGCGACUUGGUGAUCUUUUUCGAUGGUGGACGCCAACUUGCUCCUAUGGUUCUCAGUGCGUGUGUGAAGAUUACAAAUGCCGAGGACCAUGGGCAGCAUUGGGAAAAGAAGCAGAGGCAGGAGAUGAUUAUUCAUUACUGCGAGCAGUCCAUCCGAGCUCGCAGGUGCUUGGUGCGAGGCCUCAUUCCGACCCAUGAGGGAAUUCACAUUGUCACCUCUGGGCCCGUGUUGGUGCAGGACAUCCCUCGCAAGAUCUUCUCCGGCACGAGCUUGAGCACGGCAAUUGGUCCUGUGAAGAUUCUUCCUUUUGAUGAGGAGCAAGGCUUUUGGCUCAUUAGCAAGGAAGAGAAGGAUAAGAUCUAUGGACCUGCUGGAAGAGUCUUGUCCGGAGGAGCGCUGCCUGAUUGCCCAGAUCGUCCAGAUUUGGGGGAAGAUCGUAUUCCAGUGAACUACCAUGUGAUGCCACAGGCGGUGUUCGCAGAGUUGCUGCACUCCUUUCAAGCCAGCGUGAUGGUGAAUGGAACUGAGAUCGAUGGCAAGGGCGCUGAGGCGGCAAUCUUGGCCAAGAAGUCGUACAUUGGUGUUACCUUCACAGAGUAUCAUGCCCAGCAGCUGAGGAAGCUCCUUGUCCGCUUCGUUUGGGAGCAAUUCAAGGACCAAUCCUCUCCGCUCUACAAUGUUGAAGUGCAGACCCUCCUCAAAGCUCUUGGUGGCAAUCCCAAUGCGAGCACGCCCCUUCCUCUUGGUAGCAGUGGUGGCAGUGGUGGCAGUGGCAACACCGUUCAGCCAAGUGCAAGCGGAAGAGGAAAGGGCGGAAGAGGAAAGGGCAAGGGCGGUGGCAAGGCUGGCAAGGCUGGCAAGGCUGGUGGCAAGGCUGGUGGCAAGGCUGCUGGUGGUAAGGCUGCUGGCAAGUCAAAGAGCAAAAAGCGUGCAGCCGGAGAGGAUGAUGGAUCUGAUGGUUCCAAGAAGCAAAAGACAUCAGAGGAAAGCUCCAAGAAGGAAGAGAUCAUGAACAAGCUGAAGAAGCUGACCCAGGGAGGCCUGAUCCAGGACGACGAUGAUGACGAUGAUAUGGCCGACGAGGCCGAAGAGUGA